CCUCAAUUUAGUCUGCGAGUAGAGCGCGCUUCUUGCCCUGUAGACUCUCGUUUGACGCUCAAUCGCUGCAUACACUCGCUGAACCAGCAAUGAUGCUCGCGCGUGCAUCACUGCGACCGCUGCGCUGCGCAGCCAAGCGCUCCCUGGCCGUCGACGCCGCGCAGCUAGAGGACACCGCAGCCCAGCUCCUCAAGCGCCACGGCGUGGCAGGCGUGCAGGCCGCAGUGAUCGAUGCCGGAGAAGUCAUCCCUGUGAACGGAGGCCUGGCCGACGUCGCAAGCGGGACGCCGGUCGCCUCUACCACGCUCUUCCAGCUCGCGAGCUUAUCAAAGCCGGUCGCGGCGCGCCGCGCGCUCACUCGCUUCGACGCCGACGCGGCCGUAAACCCAUUGCUGGCCGCGCACGGCUCGCCCUGGCGCAUCGAGGGCCAGGACGGCUGGGGCGACGCCGUCACCGUCUCCCACUUGAUCGACCACUCGGCGCUCGGCCUGCACUACGUGCCGGGCGUCCCGGAAAGCGAACCAAAACCUUCGUCGCUCGAGCUGGUCUCGGGCCGGGCGGAAGAGUGGGGCUACGCGGCCGUCGAGUGCGUCAAGAAGCCGGGCUCGGCCUUUGCGUACUCGGGCGGCGGCUUCCUCGUGCUCCAGCACCUCCUCGAGUGCGCGCUCGGUCCCGAGAAAGCUUUGGCGCCGUGCGGCGGCCGCUUCGGCUACGAGCUGGACGGCGCGCCGACCGGCGAGAGCCUCGUCGACUUCGGCUUCGACGUGCCGGAAGGACAGACGCACGCGGUCGGUUAUCGCGACGGCGGCGAGGUUCUGGGUAGGCUCUGGUUCCCGCCGUUCGCCGCCGGCGCCAUGGGCACGGCGAGCGGGCUGGGCGAGUGGCUCUGCGGGCUAUCAAAGGCGCACCGGGACCGCGGCGACGGCAUGCACGCCGUCGCCAGGUUGAUGCUCGAGCGGCGCAGGGAUUUGGGGGCCGGCGCCUUCAUGGGCGCGCGCAUGGGCCGCGGGAUUUUUAUCAGGGAUGUCGCGUCCGGUGCUGUUCCGCGCGAAUAUUGAGCUCGACGUUGACGCCAUCGACGGCAUCGUUCCAUGCAGGCGAUCCGCGGAGCCCGGACCGGUGGAUGCUCCACCAAGCGGCCAACGACGGGUUUACGGCUGUGUGGAAAUCAAAAUUUUACGGCGCGUUCGUGCUGAAUCAUCGCGUCGUCCUCCACGCCAUCGACGCGACGCCUGCUCGAUGGCGUGGCGAUGCUGGUUCCUCGCCGCUCGACCGAGCCAGGACGGCCGCGCCAUCGCCGAGAAAUGACAAGUGAAGAAUUUUCGGGUGCACCCGACACACUUUGAUUUUUACACAGGUUUAGGGGAUUGUUUCUGGUCUGCUUCGAUGGUCCUUCCGCCGCGAACGGUCCCCGCGGCCUCGUCGUCCUGUCAAAUGGCGAUAACGACGCCAUGCUCUUCAACAUGGCCAUGGCGCGGGCCAUGCUCGAAGCGCUCGAGCCGGCCGGCUUUGACCUGGGCCGCGUCCCGGACGUCGCCGCGGGCUUCGACACCGCGGGCAUGCGCCAGGAGGAGAUCGUGAACCUCGGCUUCAAGGGACUCGUCCUGGACGCGUUCGCGGAGGCGCCCGGGUUCGAGCUCGGGAAGUGAGACGCGCGUGGCGCCCGAAUUCUACCCCCCUAGGCGUACAUAGUAUUAUUGUGCUUAUUUUCC